CUCUGGGGAGGAAACGGAGCUGCAAACUCAGUCCUGCUCUGCUGUACAGGGUGCAGGGCAGAGGGAGAGCCAAUCAUCGAGACGCACAGGCUCCCUUUAAGCCUGACAUAUCUCCAACAGGAACAAAUUGUCCCAACAAUCAACAUCCCGAUCUGCUGCGCGCAUCAGGGGUUGCAGACGAGCGGAUUGCCCGCACAGGCCUGCGCAGCGUGGACGGACUGCGUGGAUUUCGCCCCGACAAGAAGCCGCGGGACGAUCCGAAACGUUACUAACCGCUUUGGAUACCAGGGAUUUUCGGCGGAGGUGUGAGCUCGGACAUCAUGUCGAUAUUACCGUCUUUUGGGUUUACGCAGGAGCAAGUGGCGUGCGUCUGCGAGGUGCUGCAGCAGGGAGGAAACCUGGAGAGGCUCGGCCGCUUCCUGUGGUCUCUGCCCGCCUGUGAUCACCUCCACAAGAACGAAAGCGUCCUGAAAGCCAAGGCGGUGGUGGCCUUUCACCGGGGGAACUUCAGAGAGCUUUACAAAAUCCUGGAGAGCCACCAGUUCUCUCCGCACAACCACCCGAAGCUGCAGCAGCUCUGGCUCAAGGCGCACUACGUGGAGGCGGAGAAGCUGCGCGGCCGGCCGCUCGGAGCCGUGGGGAAGUACCGGGUUCGGAGGAAAUUCCCGCUGCCCCGCACGAUCUGGGACGGCGAGGAGACCAGCUACUGCUUCAAGGAGAAGUCCAGGGGAGUACUGAGGGAGUGGUACACGCACAACCCGUAUCCAUCUCCGCGGGAAAAGAGGGAGCUGGCCGAGGCCACGGGACUGACCACCACGCAGGUCAGCAACUGGUUCAAAAACAGACGGCAGAGGGACAGAGCCGCCGAGGCCAAGGAGAGAGAGAACAGCGAGAACAGCAACGCAGGCGGCAACAAACAGAACCAGCUGUCCCCUCUGGACGGAGGAAAGUCUCUCAUGUCCAGCUCGGAGGACGAGUUUUCUCCGCCCCAGAGCCCCGACCAGAACUCUGCGCUCUUGCUCCAGGGCAACAUGAGCCACCCCGGGGCCUCCGCUUACCCCAUGUCCGGGCUGGGGGCCCCGCAGCCGGUGCACGGCAUGCACGGACACCCGCACCAGCUGCAGGACUCCUUGUUGGGACCUCUAACCUCCAGUCUUGUGGAUUUGGGCUCUUAAAGAGACCAUCAGAAAUAGAAGAACAACAAUCAGGAAAACCAAAAAAAAAAAAAAAAAAAAAAAAACAACCGGAGAGAACUGAUGCGUGAAUCAGAUUGUAUGAAAUAACACUAUUGUAGCCAACCUCACGAUAUAGACUGACGGCCUGUCGUUAAAUUUUGGUUAGAGCAAAACUCCUUAAUGCGCUUAUUCUUCAUCCACUGAAUGGAUGUUUGAUUUUUUUGUUUUGUUUUUUUGUUUCCUGAAAACUCCCUCUUAACUGAUGAAACACUUAACAGGAUCAACCACCUGCUUAAUUUAUGAUAUUUUGUUAAAAGAACAAAACAAGUAUAGCAGCCUCUUGCGACGGAAACUAAAGGAGGUAACGUUUUCAUUAGAGCCAUGGUGAUUAGUUUCCAAUAAAACAAAAUCAAUGGA